CCCGAGGCCGUUCCUGUUGUUGGCUUUGCUGACCCUGACCCUGUUGUGAACUCUUCCGCCCGCAACCCUAUCUCAUUCCCCCAACCCUACCUCAUCCCUCCCAACCCUAUCCUCCUCGUGAAGAAUGUCCGAUACCAAAGGUGCCAGCCCUGUGGUCACCUAUGUUCGGGCAGAGAUCAACACCAAAUAUGCCGACCUGCUGUUGCUGGCCUGCUGCUUCUGCUCCGGCUUGCUGGACAGUACCAUGUUCAAUGUAGAAUACAACACUUUCGUCUCCAUGCAGACUGGAAACACCAUCUUCUUGGGAUUGGGCGCCUCCAAGCAGGACACCCGAGAGUAUGACUGGGCUCGGUCCUUGACCGCCAUCGUUUGCUACGCCCUCGGUAGCUUCAUCUUCUCGCGCAUCAACGGCUAUCUCGGCCCUAAACGUCGCGGCACUCUCGUCACGGCCUUCCUGCUGCAGGUCGUCCUGAUCAUCAUUGCCGCCGCUCUCAUCCAGAGUCACGUCAUCACUGGCGAUCUGGCCGACGCUCACGCCGCGCAUUACAUCACCCACUGGGACCAGGAGGCCGUCAUUGUGCUGCUGAGCAUGCAGUCGGCCGGCCAGACGGUCGCCAGUCGCGUGCUGGGCUAUAACGAAGUGCCGACCGUGGUCAUCACCAGCCUGCUGUGCGAUCUGAUGAUGGACCCGAAGGUGUUCAUGCUGCGCAACGAGAAGCGCGACCGUCGCAUUGCAGCCUUUGUGCUGACUCUGGUGGGUGCCAUUGCAGGUGGCUGGAUCAGCCGAGCCACCGGCAAUGUCUGGCCGGCGCUGUGGAUCAUCGCAGGUCUCAAGUUCUUCAUGGCCGUUGCUCUCUCCUUCUGGCACGUCAAGUAGAUAGAUCUUGUUCUUCUCGUUUCUCAUAUAGAUCUCGUUGCUCAAUCCAUGCACUUUCCUAUGCC